AGUGAGGAGAAGGAAGAAAUGACCAAAUCUAGGAGAGCUGAAAUGCCAAAGUAUAUGACUACUACUAGGUCUAAGGGCACUGGAAAAGGGAAGUUUUCAGGCCAAUGCAAAAGUACGCGUGCGAAAGUGUCCCAUGAGGAUGAUGAUGAGACGCUUGGUGGUUUUAUCGUUGAAGACGAGGAGGAGUUGGGAGAUGAUGAAGAAGAUGAGGAAGAAUUUGAAGAGGAUGAAGAUGAAGAUGAUGAUGAAAAUGACGAUUUAGAAGAUUGAUGGGGGCUGCAAAUUUGUUCCAUGCUUGUUGUUGACUAUAGUCACUUGUGUCUUAACAGUCGGUUUGGAAACAAUGUUUUUCGUUAACGUUUUGAACAUGAAUGUUGUAGAUCAACUUUAAAAACUGAGCACUACUGUGUUAGAUAGUCUUUUCAAAAUAUGGUAACUAUUUCCAAACGAGGACUGAGUAUGUUCGGUAGCUAUAUACGCAUUGCAAAUUGCGACUAAGCAGUCGUCUGUAAGAUUUCCCUCUUCCAUUUUUUGUGUGCAAAACUGCAAAUGAAUGCUGUAAUGUAGA